GUAUGCAACGGGGUGGGCCUGUUGUCAUGGGGGAGGUGGUGGCGCUUGGUAGCUGCUGGCGGCCGAGGUAGAGGCAGUGGCGCUGGAGUUGGUCGGGGGCAGCGGCAGAUUUGGGGCUUAAGAAACUUCUUUCAGGGAGGAGAGCAAGUGCAGCUGCUGUUGGAACCCAAGAUCUUGAUCCACAUCCAUAGAUUGGAAUAUUGGUGGGCCAGCAGCCAUCCUCAGACCCUCACUUAGGACAGAUGAGGAAACUGAGGCUUGGUGAAGUUACGAAACUUGUCCAAAGUCACACAGCUUGUAAAGGGCACAGCCAAGAUUCAGAGCCAGGUUGUGAAAAUUAAAAUGAACAAACUAAGGCAAAGUUUUAGGAGAAAGAAAGAUGUUUAUGUUCCAGAGGCCAGUCGUCCACAUCAGUGGCAGACAGAUGAAGAAGGGGUUCGUACUGGAAAAUGUAGCUUCCCAGUUAAGUAUCUUGGCCAUGUAGAAGUUGAUGAAUCAAGAGGAAUGCACAUCUGUGAAGAUGCUGUAAAGAGAUUGAAAGCUGAAAGGAAGUUCUUCAAAGGCUUCUUUGGAAAAACUGGAAAGAAAGCAGUGAAGGCAGUCCUAUGGGUAUCAGCAGACGGACUCAGAGUUGUGGAUGAAAAAACUAAGGACCUCAUAGUUGACCAGACAAUAGAAAAAGUGUCUUUCUGUGCCCCAGAUAGGAACUUUGAUAGAGCCUUCUCUUACAUAUGUCGUGAUGGCACCACUCGGCGCUGGAUCUGUCAUUGCUUCAUGGCUGUCAAGGACACAGGUGAAAGAUUGAGCCAUGCAGUAGGCUGUGCUUUUGCGGCCUGUCUAGAACGUAAGCAGAAGCGGGAGAAGGAAUGUGGAGUGACUGCUACUUUUGAUGCCAGUCGAACCACUUUUACCAGAGAAGGAUCAUUCCGUGUCACAACAGCUACCGAGCAAGCAGAAAGAGAGGAGAUUAUGAAACAAAUCCAAGAUGCCAAGAAAGCUGAAACAGAUAAGACAGUUGGUUCAUCAGUGGCCCCUGGCAACACUGUCCCAUCCCCGUCCUCUCCCACCUCUCCCACUUCGGAUGCCACUGCUUCUCUGGAGAUGAACAAUCCUCAUGCCAUCCCACGUCGGCAUGCACCGAUUGAGCAACUUGCUCGCCAAGGCUCUUUCCGAGGAUUUCCUGCUCUUAGCCAGAAGAUGUCACCCUUUAAACGCCAACUAUCCCUGCGCAUCAAUGAGUUGCCUUCCACCAUGCAGAGGAAGACUGAUUUCCCCAUAAAAAAUGCAGUGCCAGAGGUAGAAGGGGAAGCAGAGAGUAUCAGCUCCCUGUGCUCACAGAUCACCAAUGCCUUCAGCACACCCUCCGAGGAUCCAUUCUCAUCCGCCCCAAUGACCAAACCAGUGACAGUUGUGGCACCACAAUCUCCUGCCUUUCAAGCUAAUGGCACUGACUCAGCCUUCCAUGUGCUUGCUGCUAAGCCAGCCCAUACUGCUCUAGCACCCGUAGCAAUGCCUGUGCGUGAAACCAACCCUUGGGCCCAUGCCCCUGAUGCUGCUAACAAGGAAAUUGCAGCCAUACGUUCGGGGACUGAGUGGGGUCAAUCUUCUGGUGCUGCCUCUCCAGGUCUCUUCCAGGCUGGUCACAGACGUACUCCCUCUGAAGCCGACCGCUGGUUAGAAGAAGUGUCCAAGAGCGUCCGGGCUCAGCAACCCCAGGCCUCAGCUGCCCCUCUGCAGCCAGUUCUCCAGCCUCCUCCACCCACUGCCAUCUCCCAGUCAGCACCGCCUUUCCAAGGGAAUGCAUUCCUCACCUCUCAGCCAGUGCCAGUGGGUGUGGUCCCACCCCUGCAGCCAGCCUUUGUCCCUGCCCAGUCCUAUCCUGUGGCCAACGGGAUGCCCUAUCCAGCUCCUAAUGUGCCUGUGGUGGGCAUCACUCCCUCCCAGAUGGUAGCCAACGUGUUUGGCACUGCAGGCCACCCUCAGGCUGCUCACCCCCAUCAGUCUCCCAGCCUGGUCAAGCAGCAGACAUUCCCUCAGUAUGAAACAAGCAGUGCUACUGCCAGUCCCUUCUUUAAGCCUCCUGUUCAGCACCUCAACGGUUCUGCCGCUUUCAAUGGUGUAGAUGAUGGCAGGUUGGCUUCAGGGGACAAGCACACAGAGAUUCCUGCAGGCACCUGCCCGGUGGAUCCUUUCGAAGCCCAGUGGGCUGCAUUAGAAAGCAAGUCCAAGCAGCGUACUAACCCCUCUCCCACCAACCCUUUCUCCAGUGACUUACAGAAGACGUUUGAAAUUGAACUUUAAGCAGUCCCUAUGGCUUAUGUAUUUUGUCCAUACUUAGGCAAGGGCAGGGGGUGGACGUCAAAGGAGCAAAGGGGACUUUGUGUUCCCCAUCAGUGUACUUUUCACUAAUCCCAAAGGUCCCCAAGAAGCAAGUCCAGGCACAGAGUGCAAUGAGGGCUGAUUGUGAAAAAAUUGGAGAAAACCAUUCCUAGAGAAGAGCUGUCUUGCAGUUAGGUUAAAGAAGUCACAGAAAUGUUGCCCUCUUUUCCCCUCAUCAGCCCCUUACAAAUCUCUGGCAACAGAGAGGCGACAUAUCUGAACAGGAAUCUGUAUUCAAAGCACAUUUACUGGAAUAUAAAACACAACAGGAAGCAAAAUGAUCUCCCUUUGUUUUUCAGGCCAUUCACCUGCCUCCUCUCAGUGCUGGCCUGUCUUAGAGAUCAAGAACAGGGUGGCCUGUGCUUGGGCUUGGGACGAGAGGCAGGCUGCACUGCCAGAAUUCCCAGGAGGGCUCAUCGGCAGCUGCCCAGCAGAGCUAUAUUUUAGGGGUUAAGUUGAGCUUCCAUUUUGAGUAAGAAUAUUAUAAAUAUAUACAAAAAAGCCAAAAAUCUUUAUUUUUAUGCAUUUAGAAUAUUUUAAAUAGUUCUCAAUAUUAAAAAGUUGUAUGAGUUGUAAGUAAUCUUGCCAAAGGUAAAAGGGUUAGCUGUAAGAAAUUGUACAUAAGAUUGCUUUAUCAUUGAUGCCUAUUGAAGAUAAAGAGGAAAGGCUGGAAGUUGCAGACGGGAUCCCUAGCAAAUUAUGUGGUAUCAUUCAUUGUAAGUAGCACUUUGCAACAACAAUCAUGAUUAUGACCAAUACAGUCACUAGGGUGUAGUUUUAAAUAAAGAAAAUGAAAGAGCAGUAUUCUCCUGGUUUUAAACCUAUAAUGAAAUUCUAACGUCAUUAUUUUAAUGGAAUCAAUCUAAAUAUGCUCUAUAGAGAUUAUGUAUUUUCUUUUAUAUAUUGCUGCAGUUUCCUUAUGUUAAUCCUUUAUUUUAACACUAAGGUGACAAUGACAUAAUCAUAUCCAUAGACAGGAACGCAGGUUACUGUGUUGGUUUGUCAUGUGGGUCUUGGUGGGUUUUGUUUGUCCUUUAAGUUUUGUCCCCACAAGUUUUGUGGGGAUGGAGAUUCUGGUUUUAUUAGCUAUUGUGUGUGUGUCUGUCUGUGUGUCCUUCACCCUCCCCGUGGUGAGCAAACAUCCCAUUGCCAGUUGCAGCCACUUGACCUCUGGUAACACGUGAGAUCCCAUCUCAUUUUUACUUUUGAACGUUGGCCUUACAAUCAAAUGUGAGUUAUAUAUAUUUGUACUGAUGAGAAUUUAUAAUCUGCUUUAACAAAAAUAAAUGUUCGUGGUAGAAGCUUUCGCUCAUGCAGGGCUGUUCUUUCCCCUUUGCUUUAUUAGCAAAUGUAAUUUUUUUAGUUCUUUUUGGUCUUGUUCUCUCUCCAGUCUACUGCUGCUGCAAAUCUCUAGUUUGGUGGCUAGAAAGUCUUUUUUUGGGAGUGUUAUAUUCUUAAAAUUCAUAUUGGUAUUCAUUCUUUAGGCUUUGGUUGACCCUAAGCACAUCUCUAACAUCAGAUUCCUGUUGCUCAAAGUGUAGUCUGGAACAGCAGCAUGGACUUCUCCUAGGAGCUGGUUAGAGAGACAGAAUCUCAGCCCCACCCCAGACCUAGUAAUCAGGCUGCAUUUCAACAACAUUCACAUUCUGAGAAGUCUGGGGCUAGAGCAGCGAUUCUCAACCUUGAAUACAUGUUAGAAUCACUUGAGGAGCUUUUAAAAUCCUCAUGCCCAGCACAUACUCCAGACCAGUUAAAUCAGAAUCUCUGGGGAGUGGAACCCCAGGUUGUUUAAAAGCUCCCAAUAUAGAAGAGGGUUGAGAGCCACUGAUCUAGAUUGAGUUUUACUCUCACCUCUAACCUUAGCACACUAUUCUGUGACGAGUUCUAAGAAGAGCUAAUCUCAAACUUACCUUCCAAAGCAUGUCACCAAUUGACCAAAUAGAGGUUUAAUUAAAGGGCUGAGGAGUCCAAGAAAGUGGCCCUUAUUUUCCAAUUUCUAUAGCAAAACCAGCCAUGGUAAAUGAAAUGGGAUGCUCCUCAAAACUUUUUAAAAUGGAAAGAAAAAAAGAUCUCUGCCCCUGGCCCAUGUUUCCUUUGUUGAAUGAGAGGUGGACCAAGAAGUGUCACUCACCCAUGAUGCAGUUUUCUCUCUUCCAGCCAGUGUGUUGGUAAUAAAAGUCACUUUUCAGAGCC